AACCAACGCACUUACUUCAUACCAUUUCCCUUGAACACAAUGUUUAGGAUACAAGUGAUUGCUCUUAUGGUAUGGACACAGAUGGUUAAAGUGGAUUCUGCCUGUGAUUCUGAACUUCAGAAUGGUCUCUUUCAAGAUCUUGUUAAUAUGAUGAUGAAGAUAAAGGGUACCAGUUCUGCAGAACCUUCUACCUGUAGCUGCAAGAAGAUUGUGAUAGCAUUAACAGCUUCGCUUUCAGCUACAAAAUCUAUUGGCUCUGGUGCAGUUGUUCAGUUUGAUAAAGUGUGGACUAAUGAGGGGAAUGGAUAUGACCCAAAUUCUGGAAUAUUCACAGCACCAAGGAAAGGAUUUUAUCAAAUAUCUGCAACAACAAUGUCUCCAGAUGGAAAAUACUUCCAUUCAUACCUUAUGAAAAAUAAUGAAAAAACUGUAGGAUUGUACACAGGACAAGGAUAUCAUACAGGUUCAGCUAGCAUUGUUUUCAAAUUAAAGAAAGGAGACCGUGUGUACAUUAAGCACCGUAGUGGUACAGAGGCAAUCUACAGCGAUGGUGAUCAUUGGAGCAUGUUUUCUGGCUUUCUUAUUUCUGAAUAA